AUGGCAGACAGUGAAGGCAACGUUGACAAUGGAAUGGCCUCCAAGGCUGAGUCCUUGCAGCUAUUCCAAAAAUUAAAGACAAGGCCUGAGAACAAAAUCUGCUUCGACUGCAAACAGAACAAUCCUACCUGGACUUCAGUGCCCUUCGCAAUCUAUCUCUGCCUCGAUUGCUCUUCGAACCACCGAAAUCUAGGUGUACACAUCUCCUUCGUCCGGUCCACGAACCUUGACCAAUGGCAAUGGCGACAACUGAGACUCAUGAAGAUGGGAGGAAAUGAAGCCAUCAAGAAGUAUUUUCAAUCCCACGGAGGAAGCGCUGCUCUGGCUAGCAAGGACUCAAAGACCAAGUAUGGUUCAGCAGUUGCCGAAUCAUAUAAGAAGUAUCUGAACGCACUAGCCGACAAGGAUAUUGCAAAUGGUACAGCAAACCAUGUUGUGGUGACAGACGUGAUGGGCAAUGGCCCGUCUGACGGCGCAUCUACACCAGCUGGCGAGCCUGAAGAUGACUUCUUUUCUUCCUGGGACAAACCAGCUAUCAAGAAGCCCACACCUCCUGUCUCCCGUGCUGCCACGCCUGUUAUUGGACGAACCCCUUCUCCAUUCCUGAACGCCAGUGCCUCGAAUGGAAAUGGCAAUGGAAAUGCACGAGCCGCUUCGCCUCUUGCAGGGGCCGCGGCGCCGAAUGCAAGCCGCACCACUUCAUCCGCUGCGCUGCGCAAAACAACCACUACUGGAACGGGACCUCGCAAGGCAAAUGUGUUGGGAGCUAAGAAGACGAAGCUGGGAGUAAAGAAAGUCACCGGAGAUGUCAUCGAUUUUGAUGCCGCAGAAAAGAAGGCGAAGGAGGAGGCUGAGAGAAUUGAGAAGUUGGGUUACGAUCCAGAUGCGGAGGAAGUUUCUGUGAAGAAGACGAUUACCAAAUCGGCCGACCUUCAGAGCAUCGCAUCUCCGACCCCAUUGAACCCUGGAAGAGCAGGCAGAGACCGCAAUGGCGGGGACGUCGAGAGACUUGGCAUGGGCAUGGGACGUCUUGGAUUUGGACAGGUUGGAGGCUCCAAGCCAGCCGCUGCUGCACAAAAGAAAAUGGGUGGUUUCGGAUCUGUUGGCCCAGUCUCAGCUACGCAAGAAGAUGACGACCAAAAAUACGCUCGUGAAAAGUUCGGUGCACAGAAGGGUAUCUCGUCGGACGAAUUCUUUAACAAGGGAGCUUUUGAUCCUUACGCUCAAUCUGAGGCAAAGAACCGGCUGCAAGGAUUUGAGGGUGCCACAUCCAUCUCAUCAAACGCAUACUUCGGCCGAGCCGAGGAGGAAGAUGCUGGAGAAGAAUAUGGCGAUCUUGAGAGCGCCGCCAAGGACUUUGUCCGCAAGUUCGGUGUCACCGCUGGCGACGAUCUGGAGAAUUUGACUCAAGUACUGGGCGAGGGUGCGAGCAAGCUGCAGGGUGCUAUCAGAAGUUACCUGAACAGCUAG